AUGCCUGAAAAUAAGGUUAACGACUUCCUCAGAGCCGUGAUUACCCAAUUUAUUGAAAAAGGCCAGACACUCGAUUUCCAACGUCUAGCUCAGGACGCUGGCUUGUUGAACUUGCGCGCCGCUCAGUACAGGUGGCAGAAACUCAAGGGAGAGCUAGGGGUUGGCAAGGAUAAGGUAGCUGGCGGUAGUGAAAUUGAUGGAAAAGACAAGAAAGAAGGAGACGUCAGUGGCAAGAAGGCAGGUGGUGGCGGCAAGAAAACCGGUGGGAAGAAGAGAAAGAUGGAGGAAGUCGACGAUGAUGAAUAA